CCGAGGGCUCGGCCCGGCGCGAUCCCACCGGGAUGAACAUGGUAAAGAGCCCGGAGCCGCUGGAGCAGCGCUUGGCGGGGAUGGUGGCUGUCCGGGACAAGUCUCCAGCCUGGUCUGCGCUGGGAGAGGAGGGGCCGGCGACCAUGAAAAAGGACAAGAGCCACGGGCAGGAUGAGGCAGACUGCAGGGCAAAGCUGAUCCUCAUCAACGGGGACAAUGCACCUGGUGUUGUACUGGAGGCGAAAGGGAAGCGCAGCACUCCAGAUUCCAGGGGCCUGGGGCUGAAGAAGGAGAAGAACAGCAAUGGAGACCUCUCCAAGGAGGACCUGGCCUGGCCACUCAAUCUGCCAGUGCAGAGGUAGGUGCAACUUUGGGGCAGUGCUGGGUGGGAGAGCAGCCUCAGGCAGAAGCCCACCCUGUACCUCAUGUUCCAGGCAGGGCGGACCCGGCAGGAGAUGCGGAUCAAGGAAGCAGCACGCAGCGUGGAGACUCUCAGGGACCUGCCAACUCCUGUGCGGAGCUCCAGGCGCCGCUCUGCCGUGCCCACACCCGUGACCAUCGACCUGACAGAGGAGGACUCCCAGGACUCGUCCCGGAGCAGCAGCACACUCUCUGGAAGCAGCUCCCAAGAGGGGCAGAACGGCUCUGCUGACCUGGGGGCCGAGGAGGCAGAGAGCAGAGACAUGGGCAUGGCGCUGGAAUACCAGGAUGGGAAGGAAUUUGGAAUCGGGGAGCUUGUCUGGGGAAAGAUCAAAGGUUUUUCCUGGUGGCCUGCGAUCGUCGUCUCCCACAGAGCCACGGCCAAGCGCCAGGCAGUCUCGGGCAUGCGGUGGGUGCAGUGGUUUGGAGACGGGAAGUUCUCCGAGGUUUCUGCAGACAAACUGGUGGGACUGAUGGCCUUCAGGCAGCAUUUCAAUUCCUCCACGUUCAACAAGCUGGUGUCCUACCGCCGUGCCAUUUACCACGCUCUGGAGGUGGCCCGGAGCCGGUCGGGGAAGACGUUUACAACUGGCCCCAGGGAAUCACUGGAGGAGCAGCUGAAGCCCAUGAUCGACUGGGCAAUCACUGGCUUCAAACCCCUGGGGCUCAAGGGACUGCGGCCACCCAAAGGCUCAGAGAAUGGGGUGCUGAGGAAUGGGACAGAGGAGGUGGUGUCCCUUGAACAGUGUCCCCCCACCAAGAGGCUGAAGACCUAUCCCUACAACAGCAGCAAGGAGCAGCGUGUGGAAGAGGACCAGACCCGAGAGCAAAUGGUUUCUGAAGUUACGAGCAACAGCGGGAAGCUUGAAGAGAGCUGUUUGUCCUGCGGGAGGAGGAACCCGGCCACCUUCCACCCACUGUUCAAGGGGGGCCUGUGCCAGACAUGCAGGGAUAGAUUCCUGGAGUAUUUCUACAUGUAUGACGAAGAUGGGUACCAGUCCUACUGCACUGUCUGCUGCGCAGGCAAGGAGCUGCUGCUCUGCAGCAAUUCCAGCUGCUGCAGGUGCUUCUGUGUGGAGUGUCUGGACGUGCUGGUGGGGAGAGGGACGUCGAGCAGAGUAAAAGAGCAGGAACCCUGGAACUGCUACAUGUGCCAGCCCCAGCAGAACCACGGCGUGCUGCAGCGCCGGCAGGACUGGAACACUCGCCUGCAGGACUUCUUCACCAGUGACAAGGGACAGGAAUAUGCUGCACCCAAAAUCUACCCAACAGUUCCUCCAGCCAAGAGGAGGCCAAUUCGAGUGCUCUCGUUGUUCGAUGGGGUGACAACAGGGUACACAGUGCUGAAGGACUUGGGCAUCCAAGUGGAGAAAUACAUUGCCUCAGAGAUCUGUGAGAACCCCAUCGCCACGGGCAAAGUGCGGCCUGAGGGCAACAUCACCUACGUGCGUGAUGUCAGGAACAUAACCAAGAGAAAUAUUGAGGAGUGGGGUCCUUUUGACCUGGUGAUCGGUGGAAGCCCCUGCGACGACGUGUCCCUUGUCAAUCCAACCAGGAAGGCCCUGUUUGGUAAGGCUGCUUUGCCUCUGCUGGGCUGCAUACCUUGGGAUGUUCCUGGGCCCUGGAGCCUCCUUACAACCUGGGGAAGUGGUUCAGCCCCAGGCUGUGUUGCUGAUGGGCUGUCUCCAUACUCAUCUUGGUGGGGAGGGCAGCCAGGCCCCCCAGCCCCACACCCCGUGCCCCCUGGUCCCAACCUGCUGCUCGGCUUUCUCCUCACAGAAGGAACCGGGAGGCUGUUCUUCGAGUUCUACCACCUGCUCAACUACGCUCGUCCCAAGGCAGGCGAGGAGCGGCCCUUCUUCUGGAUGUUUGAGAAUGUGGUGGCCAUGAGGAUCAACGACAAGAGGGACAUUUCCCGGUUUCUGGAGUGUAACCCAGUUAUGAUUAAUGCGAUCAAGAUUUCAGCUGCCCACCGAGCUCGUUACUUCUGGGGCAACCUCCCCGGGAUGGACAGGAUCUUUGGCUUCCCCCUCCCCUACACGGAUGUCUCCAACAUCAGCCGCGGGACUCGCCAGAAGCUGCUGGGGGGAUCGUGGAGUGUCCCUGUCAUCCGGCACCUCUUCUCCCCACUCAAGGAUUACUUUGCCUGUGAAUAGCAAACGGAGCGUCCCUCGUCUCUCUGGUAAAGACGCACAGCACCGCCGCUGUGGCGGGAGAGGGAC